AUGUUUGCAGGGAGUCUUGGGCUUUUCGAUAUUAAGCCGAUUAUCGAGUACGUACGUAUACGGGAGUUUGUAGACGAUAAGAUUAUGGAUACUUCUACACAGAGGGAACUUCGAUACCAGGAGGAUGCAUCGGGAAAGAAUCUAGUUGCCAGAGCAGUUGGAGAUAGAGUUAGCGUUGGUUCGGGAAUGGAUUCUCCAGUUGCCUUGAGUGAGGAGAUCAUGAAAGAUAAUGGGCUCGGGGCUCAUCCAACUACACAAAUUGAGUCCGAGAGGAAUUUGAUUUCAGACACUGAGUGGUACCAAAAUUCGGAAAGGAGUAGUGAGAAUAACUUUGAUCUUUCUGAAAACGAAAAGAUCGAAGAGGCUUGUUACAGUCUCGAUAUGCUAGAUUUCUUCGAGACACAAUAUUAUUCUUCACAAAAAAGACGUAACUUAGAUCCAACAGUACCAGCAACAUCAUUCACUCUCUUUCCAUUCUUACCCGUCGAACUCCAGAGAAAGAUUUGGGUUUGCUUACUGCCGCCGCCCAGCGUCAUUUGGGCGGAAUUCGAAGUGAAAGAUUGUUAUGACAAGACUAAAAUGGAAUUUCGUGUCAGACAUGCUCGUUCAGCAAUUAAUUUUCCUGCGUCAUUGCAAUCAUUCGUCUUACGUUCUGUAAACUAUAUCUCAAGACAGUUGUUUUUCGAGCAUUAUAGUUAUCUGAAAUUUAUUGGCGAUGCCAAUAAAAAGGCUCGUCGUUUCUCAGACUGGGAUGAUAGUUUUCGCUAUGUCGAGGUGAAAAGAGGAAAUUUCAUAGAUCAGUUGGGAUAUUGUCAAUGGAUUGAACCAUGUAAAUAUUACCCGAACAUCGAGUGGGAAAUCAACAACAGCAGCAGAGAGUGCUCUAAAAUUCUGCGGAGAACGGGUUCGAAUGCGGGGUUUUGGAGUAGUGUGGUUGUUAAACCGGUAUGGAUGGUUCAUACAGUUGCAUAUAGUGUGGAACGUUCUAGGAAUGUAAUUCCUGGACCCUUUUUGAUAGUGGAGAUUAGUCGCUAUGGAGAUCUUCAUUUGAGAUGUAAUCCCGAUGGUACAUUACCUGAUCAGUAUGAUUGGAUCAGUGAGCUUUUUGAUGAUGGAGAUGAUGAGGAUGGUGGUGAUAUGCGGUCUUUGGUUGAUGGCGAGGCACUUGUUGUCUUUGAUAGUGAUUAA